UGGAGGAUCAUUUGGAGAACUGAAGCCGCGGAAGCGAGCCUAACCGUGGGUCCGUGUCUCAGCCAAUUUUUGUUUUCAUCUUUGACUUUUCCAUCCUGUAAAUUGUAUAUUUAUUUUGAACAUGGAAAUGAAAAAGAGGAUCAGUUUGGAACUGAGGAACAGGACUCCAGUUGAGGUGGCAGAGCUUGUAGUGGACAACUGCCGCUCCAGUGAUGGUGAAGUCGAGGGUCUAUCUGAUGACUUCAAGGAGUUGGAGUUCCUCAGCAUGGUCAACGUGGGCUUGACCUCCCUGGCCAAGUUGCCCGCACUGCCCAAAUUGCGUAAGCUGGAGCUGAGUGACAACAGCAUCUCGGGAGGUCUGGAGACACUGUCAGAGAAAUGCGCCAACUUGACGUACCUGAACCUGAGCGGAAACAAGAUCAAAGAGCUCAGCACAGUGGAGGCUUUGCAAAACCUAAAGAACUUGAAGAGCCUGGACCUGUUCAACUGCGAGAUCACCACACUGGAGGAGUACAGGGAGAGCAUCUUCGAGCUUCUGCCUCAGGUCAUGUACCUGGACGGCUUUGACGCAGAGGACAACGAAGCACCUGACUCUGAAGCAGACGAUGACGAUGAGGAUGAGGAUGGUGAGGAAGGAGCAGGUCCCUUGGGUGACUAUGAUGAUGACGAUGAUGAUGAUGAAGGCUCAGAAGGUGGAGAGGUCGGACUGUCAUACUUAACGAAAGAGGGCAUACAGGACGAAGAUGAUGAUGAUGAUUAUGUGGAGGAAGAGGAAGAGGAGGCAGGAGCGGUGGUGGCCGGAGUACACGGAGAGAAGAGGAAGAGGGAAGCUGCGGACGAGGGAGAGGAUGAUGAUGAUGAUGAUGAUGACUAGUCCUUCCUCCCAGGAGCUUUAGAACCCAGAUCCAAGCUGUUAGAGCAACCAUGAAAAAGAGCGUGAUCUUGCAGAUUGUUUUUCUCUUUGUAUACCAUAGAUAUCACUGUAGAAGCUAAGUGUUUUCCUUUUGAUAUAUAAAAAUAUAUAUUAUAAUAUAUAUUAUAUAAUAUACUAUUUGAAAUAAGGAGAGGUUUAACUGAUAAUUCAUUUAUAACCAUUCCAGCUGUAAUGUCCCAAUCCGAGUAUGUUGUCAGUGGGGUCAGGAUAAGGGGGUGGGUGUGGGUUUAGGGGUGUGCGUUCAAACCAGCUUGUGGUUCAUGAGUUCGUUUUACCAGCUGCACAAAAGAUGCAGAACAGGGAGACAAAAACAAAAAGAACACAACAACAACACAAGAAUUCCUCCAGCAGGUUUCAACGUCGUUGCCAGUCCGGAGCUUCAACCUUUCAGGGACUUUUAUUCUGAAAGCAUCUCCAAGAACACGCCGAGCCCCGCCCCUUUCGCUCAUCUACCUCUGGGGGCUGCUACUCCACCCACCCCAAUGGAGUAGCGAGCCAAUCAUCUCCUGCCAUCUCCUCCCCACUGGGCAGAAACGGACACUACCACCAUAGUCUUCUCCCCAGAGCAUCUUUUGUAUAGGGUUCUUUCCGCUUGAUCCAGAAAACGCUACUCUCUGAUAGAUUAUAGUUAUGUAUAUGACAGUUGGUAGAGUUCCCAGGCAAAUUACGCUGUUUCAUAAACCUACACAGGUAAAGGGCAGUAAUGUAAUGUGAGUCUAAAAAUCAGCCCACCAGAAACUCUUGGUGGAGUUAAAUGGAUAACAAAAAGUGGGGGGAAAGGCGGUCCUGCGGUCCUAAAAUGUUGUAGCUUUAGCGCAGUGUCAGGGCUAUCAUAGAAGUGACAUUGUCGCUCCUACAUCUCUCUAUAGAACGGGACACAAUCUACUCUUUGUAAAGUAAACAAAAAAACACAAACAGCACCUGUUUUCUGUCUGUUGAGGGGUGUGCUUCAAACUCGAUCAGAAAGCAGUUUAAUCCCAACACCUGUUCUCUUUUGACAUUGUACAAUAAGACCAUUCAACACAAUUUUUUUAGAAUGAAUCUUGACUGCUGAUACUUUACUAAUGAAGUUAGGUUUAAACUGCUUUGUAAUGGGAUUAGUGACUGCCCCUUGGUAAUGGAAAAAAAUGUUUAGUUUGUGAUUUUUCUUCUUAUUUUACAUCAUAAGAAUGAUAAUCUUUUAAUCUAUUGUUCGUAUGGCAAUAUGUAUAUAGUAUCUGUUCCAACAGUUUUUGUGUGUAUUUUUUUAAUCUUCUUGUGUUUGAAUUCGAAGCACAGGUCAGAGGGGCAAGCUUUAGACCCUGCACUCUCAGUCUCCCCUGUUCUUUUUUGGUCCCUGGCUGUCGUGAGAGUUUUGUGUUUGCCGUUUUGUGUGCUGUAAACCUCUUCAGAGGGUGUUUUUUUGGAAUAAAAAAAUCCACCUAAAA